AUUUAAACGGUAUUCGAAAGAGAAAAAAGAAAGAAAUUUUCUUUCAUUUUGUGUAUUAAUCCUUUCCAUAAUAAUAAAGUUGAAGACUUUGCACAUGUGUUAUGCAAAUAACACGUACAAAGCCUUCAACUUUAAUUGUUAUCUAGGAUUAAUUAAUUUUAAAUUUCCUCCUCUUCAUUAUUAUCAUUAUCUUCCAUGCUUUCAUUAUCAAUGCUUUCGUGUUGUAAAGCCGGAGGAGAGUUGGUGGCCGGAGCUGUCAAAGCUAGAAAGGAAGAUGAGAAGAACCAGAAGGUCGUCCGCAACCUUCUCAAACACUGUGACAAUGGCCGUUGCAUUAACUGUGGCAAUUCCGGACCAAGAUUUGUGUGCAUGGAUUUUGCCACGUUUAUCUGCAUAAUUUGCAGUGGAAUACAUUUUGUUUUGGUGAUCAUGGUUGUUUUUGGCAACAAUUCAUGAAGCCGUGAAUUUAUGCAUAGAGUAAAAUCAAUCUCCAUUUCUAAAUUUACACCAGAAGAAGUUAUGCUUCUCCAGGAUGGUGGAAACAAGCAUGCAAGGGAUAUUUAUUUCAAAGAAUGGGAUUCAAGGAGGCAUUCGCUCCCCAGAAGCAGGGAUAUUGACAAGCUACGAGAGUUCAUUAAGGUCGUUUAUGUGGAAAAGAGAUUUAUGGGUCAAAGAAGUGAGAAAUCUUUGAGGCUUAAGCCGAUUGAGGAGGAGGAUUCUUUGUAUAGAAAUGGCAGUGGCUCUCGUAAUAAUCGUAGACAGCAAUCAUAUGAGGAUACAAACAGUAACAAUAGAACCCUUAAUGAUGAUGAAAGAUCACGGCCUGGUGAUAUAAAGAAUAAUGAAAGAAAUUCAAGAUAUGGACCUGAUGAUCAAAAGAACUAUGAUGAAAGAUGUCCAAGAUAUGAAAGAUCAGGGUCUGGUGAUCAAAAGAAUUAUGAUGAAAGAAAUUCAAGAUAUGGUUGUAAUGAUGAAAGAACAAGAUAUGGACAUGGUGAUCAAAACAAUGAUGAAAGGAAUUCAAGAUAUGGAGAUAAUGAAGAAAGAACAAAUCGCGGUUAUGAUCAAGAUACAACUCCAAAGCAGGGUACGUUUAGGAGAAGCUUUUCACAGAUUCUUCGCCACAAAAUCGGACCUGAUAGAUCAUCUGGAAAUAAGAAAAAUGAAGCCAGUUCUGUAUCAGAAGGAGAGCAGAAAGAAGAAGAAAGAUCACCAGAACAACAAAGAACACAACGUUCAGCUACAUUGGGGAAUGUAGAUCCAACUCUACAAAGGUCUGCAUCUUCUAGCAGCACGGAAUCAGUAACUAAGAAACAAGUCGAAACUAAAAAGACAAUUUCAAAAAGCAUGACUGUUUUAGAUGCUGAUCCAGAACCUGCACCUCAGAGGAUCAAGAAAAUAAUAGUGUCAACCAUUAAAACAGAAUCAACAAGUACUACUUCAUCCAAUGACAAUAACUGGGCCAGUUUUGGCUCUUCUGGUGGUAAUAUUGACGCAGCUGGUCCUGCAUCACCGUCAGUACCUAUUAAAGAGGUUCAUUCCUCUUCGAAAGCUGAUGCAGGACUAGAUUUAUUACUAAGCCUGGACCUGACUCCAAGCUCUACGAUCCCCGGUUCUGGUUCUCAAUCCACUGCACAACAAUCAUUACCAUUAUCUAAUGAAUUUUCAAACAAGGAGUCCUGGAUUCUUUCUCUGGUCUCAAAUCCACAAGAAUGGUCGAGUUCUCCAACUUUUUCAUCAUCUCAAAGUGUCUUAAACGAGAUUCAUGAUACCAGCUCUGCAGGUGAAUCAGAGAGCCAUUCUUCAGACAAAAAAUCUGGUCAAAGACAAGUACUUCCAGAGUACCUUUUUGCUGGUGCAUAUCCUUCCAGUACUCCACCAUAUGCAGUUCAAUCCCACAGAAUGGUGUAUGGCAUGCAGAUGCUAUAUCCUUCUGUAGCGAAUUUGCAUGCGAUUCAUCAACAACCACAACAAGCAAAUCCAUUUGACAUGUGCAAUGCAUCAACUCCUGUUCAAAACUCAAUGUAUCCUUCUAUGGUACCUAUGCAAGGAACAUUAUCACAGUCAUCAGCUCAAACAGUUUUAAUUGACCCAAGUUCGCAACAGUGGAGAACACAAUCAUUGCCUUAUGCAACAGUUCAGCAACAAUUUUACACCUCCAGAAUGAGCAAUGGUACAUACAUGGAGCAACAAACACACCUAAGACAUCAAGGAGUGGGAGGAUAUGGUAACACAAUUCAGCAAACAGGUGCCAGAGUCAAUGGAGGAAACCCAUUUGCAUAAAUUUUUGGAAGUAAUUAAGGAUAAUGUUAUUAAUUUCAGACAAGAAUAAAGCACAUGUGAAAGAAAUAUAUAAUUUUGCUUUUGUUUGAAGUUUUUGAAGAUGUUGAGGAUAAAUUCAUGAGCUGGGUGACACGAUGAUCAUAUAUCUCAUUUGGCCAGCAGAAGAGGGGAGGCUCAGGCACUUCAACAGCCGAAUAUAUGUAAGACCGAUCGAUUUUAAAGGGGUUAGAUAUAUCCAUAGAUAUAUAGGCUAAUUAGCUAAAUGGAGAUUUAUCCCUUUAUCCACUCCUCUCCUCCUUCCUCUUUUGGCAGGUCUUGUAAUUACGUGUAAAUUAUAUGGUUUUGCCAAUUAAUUUGCAUGUUUUGUUCAAUAGGCUUACUUAAAUUUUUUGGUCUCAUUUUCUACUCCAAUUUAAAUUGACAAAGAAACUCAAAAUUCAAUUACAAAA